GUCAGUUGGUGCGUGGUUGUCGUCAUCGUCGGCGAGGUUUAUAUUGUGUGUGUCCUUUAUAUAUCCUUUCGCUGUACACGUAAAAGCUCGUGGAAUAGUCAGCAUUUCUCUCUAUUGUCACUCGUGCUGUCGUUCAUUGAUUUUGCAAACUUUCGACGAGGUGUAAACAUUAGCAGAUAGUCGUUGGUGCUCCAAUGAAUACGACAGACGAGAAGAUUAAAUAUAACUGGGUAACUGUGAAGGAGCCAGUCUUGAAUUGAUUCUAUUGGCUUAUGGAAGAGUUGAUAUCUGAAAAAUUAAGUCAGAUGAGACUAGUUGAAGAAACUUGUGGCUCUAAGAAAUUGUGAUUACGUUGAUUUUUGUAUGCAGUUGCCAAGAAGCAAUGUUGAUUUACUUGUAAUCAAAGUCAUUAUUUGCAUGAGAUUUAUCGAGGGAAUGUUGCAGUAGAGAACAAAAAAAAGUGUUAACAUGUGUGCAGUCUAUUUCUAAAUUUGGAAAGAUGUGGAAUGACUCAUAGGGUGCCUUAGCCAGCAUAAAACACCUCGACCCAGAAAAAAAUGCCACUCAAGUUCUUGUUUAAGACUGUCAUAUCAAUAAAAAUAGUUUAAGGAAUUUCGAGACGAUUCGCAAAUCAGCAGUGGAGAGUAACAGGGCUGGUGAUGCGGGGAUGUGGAUCGGAUGGGCUGAUGAACUAGGAGGCCGCCAAAGGAGGCUGCUAUUGUUGUUACUAUUGUUCUGUUGGUGUCGCAAUGUCAAGCCGCUGGCGACUGGCAUCCCAUCGGAAAUCACGCUGCCGCCGCCGUCGGAGUCGAGCGGUCAGUGGCUCAAUUUGAGUGUCACAACAAACAAAGCCGAUUCAAGAUUGACGAUAGCAAACGGUGGUGUGACAACGACGAGCAGAACGCCGAUUACGGCACAUGAUAAUUCGCCAAUAGUGCCUCCCACCAGCUUUCUGAACGGAGCUCUCACUUGCCAGCCUUACCAAGGUAUCUACGUGAACCACAUUUACUUCCAAUUGGCGAACGCCUUCUUCCUGUUGUCGCAUCUGGCACCGAGUGGCCUCCAUGGUGUGCUCUACCUCAGAUGCACUCUACUUGUGGGCUGUGCCUUUUUUGUGCUCUGGGCCUGGACAAUCGUCUGCUGGCUAGACGCUGCCCUUUGGAAUCUACUAUUCGUUAUCAUCAAUUUCGUUCACGUUUGCACUCUGCUGUAUAAGCUCAGGCCCGUUAGGUUCUCCAAGGAGAUCGAGGAGGUAUAUGUUGCAGUCUUUCAACCUUUACGGGUAUCUCGCCAUCAGUUCAAAAAAGUCUUGAGCUGCAUGAAAUUGAUCAAACAGUUAAAGUAUCAAGAGGUUUAUGCUCAGGAGAGAGUUACAAAGGUCGAUUCACUGUCCUUGGUACUUUCGGGAAAACUUGUUGUAUCGCAAAAUGGCAAAGCACUGCAUAUAGUCUUUCCUCAUCAAUUUUUAGACUCACCGGAAUGGUUUGGUGUUUCUACCGAUGAAUUCUUUCAGGUUUCAAUUACCGCCAUGGAAGAAUCGAGGGUAUUACUAUGGCAUCGUGACAAAUUGAAACUGAGCAUAAUAACCGAUCAGUUUCUUCAAGCGGUCUUCGAUCACAUUCUUGGUAGAGACGUUGUGAAAAAAUUGAUGCAGGUGAGCGAGACAAUGGCUGCAAGUCUUGGUAACAUGACACAUAAUCCUGAUCACGAGCUCGAUGCCAAAAUGUUCGUGGUGAAGAAAACUGGUGAUAGUCAGGGCAUCACCGCCCUCAUAAGCCGACAGCUUCAAGGUUUACCUAGGAUUAAAUAUUAUUACUGUGCUGCGGGAGAUCCAAACGCCUGGCGCCUAGGGAGGAUUGAAGAGACUGACCACGAGACGCCGGUCUGAGUGGGACAAGUGUAUUUUAUCCUUGGCAGUCAAUAAAAAGAUAUAUCGCGCGAAAGAUUCCGCACUGAUGGAUUAAUCGUCGAGUGAUGUGCGCUUUUCCUCUUCUUUUUCAAAAAAAGUGUGUGGGCGGUGUAUGUGUUCACAGUCAUGCCAAAUUCACCGAUAUACACAAUUUGAUUUCGUACUACGAUUGAUUUUUCCUCAUAAGAUCGACUUAUUUUUGUAUGAUUCGACAUCGAUAUGGAGCGCGCAGCAAACAUUGAAGAAUAUUACAAAUAAAUAGAUCGUAUGUGAUUGUUAUGCGGACAUUGAAUUCGUCGCAUAUGUAAUGUACGACAAGUUGUUCGCGCGUGUGUUUCGUUAAUUAAUAUUAUUAAUAAAAUACAAAGAUGUUAACCUCGCAGGUGUACUUGCAAAGAAUCAAUCUAUACAAAACAAAUUCAGUGUAUUUCCGACAAAACAACAAACAAACACUUGUUUACAAAAAGAUAUAUUUUUUUUGUUUACGUUGAAAUUUGCUCACCCGAGACUUGCUCGCGUAGUUGUGAAAGUUUUUCGUUUCAUAAGCUGUUAUUUUUGUAAUCUAUCGAGCGACGAUCGAAAUUUUCACGUAAACAAAAAAAAAAUCUCUCGCUCGAGAAAAAACUGUAUUUAAGUCUAUUCCGUGCAGCUCUUUUCCUUUUGUCGAAACUUACUACUCGGCAGAAUUAAUGUAGCUGUCGACUGAUUACUUAUCCGAAUGGAGUUACGUUUUUAAAGAAAAAACAAAUUUUUAUCGUUGCGUAGAAUGAUGACCAUAAUAUAUUUGAAUUUUUGAUAUAUGAUUGUAUGUACAUAAAUGAAAACUUUUUGUAAAUAUUAAAAUGAAAAACAUUGAUCUCAUAUAUAUAUACAUAUAUAUAUAUUAUAUAUACACAUAAACAUGAUUAUGCAUAUACGUCAGCGGAAAAUGCCGAGUGGAAAGUUUACGGCAAAGCGAAUAUGUUUUUUUAGAUUUUUAGGUCGGCAAUGGCUUAAGUAUGACUCGAAAUGCUGAACACUUUUUUAAUAGGUUCACGGGAUAUAAUAACCAGUGCCUUUAUUUUUCAUGCUCUAAUUUUCGUUAUUACACAU